AUGCCCUCCACUCGGCAACAAGACGGUCGACUAGAUUUCAAUGACGCGCGCAGACACUCGCUGCCUGCCUCGUCUCUCUCUGCACAGUUGCUACAGGCACAACAACUCUAUGCUUCCCCUUUGGCAUUCUCGAUGACCGUCAUGGACGCUGGUCAGAACGCUGUGCCCAACGCAGCACACAGCCCACGUGUGCCAACGCCUAGCGUGUUUUCUAGCGCCUUCCAACCACAAAUGACUGGAUUCAACCACUCAUACUCUCUGCGGACUCAACAACCAUCUCAAGACUCGUAUACCAACAACCACCCACACCAAACUGCAAUGCAGCCUCAGUGGAACUCAACUCACGGGGUCACUUCGACCCCCAUGCCUGCUCAACCAGCUCCAAUCAGCCAUGGUCUUCCAGCGACCGAGUCUCUCCAUAGUCAAGCUACCUCAUCCUCGUCGUCUAUGGAUCCCCUUGCUGCCCAUUCAUUCUCCUUCACUUGCCUUCCUGGAAUGCCGGAGAGCACGCAAGACACGCAGAGCUACUACGCUCAUUACCUCGACGACUCAACUUCUGCUCGUCAUACAGGUCAGGCCGAUCCCACCUUUCUUCCGCCUCACAUCUCGUCGAUACAUUCGCAAUCUGAUCCCAACCUGCUGGGCGCCUUAGAAUCGGGAAUCACCACAUCUUCCCUUCCUAUCCCGUUUCAAGAUUUCACCGAACCGAGCUAUUCGUCUACAGACUCGCCGGACUCGGAAGGCAUGACCAGUCAAUCGAGCGACAAGAAAAAGUCGGCGCGUCGCCAGGGCGUUACAUGCGAUCAGUGUCGCACCAAGCACCUCCGCUGUGAUCUCGACGAUCGUCGUGCCGAGGCCGCGCGCAGCUCGUCGCCAGAGACAGCAGAGACCGCCUUGCUCGAGAUGCAGAGGAGCACCAGUGCCGGCACGGCCGUUCAUCACAUCCGCUGCACUCGAUGCGAAGACAAGGGCUUUGUCUGCACAAAGACGCACACCCCACCUUCCCGCCGUUAUCCUCGUCCCAGCCGCUCGGGCAAGCGCAUCGAGCAAGCACGCAUGCUCCACGGUGCCUCGCUUACUGGUGCAUCUGCCAAUAGGCCUUCGGUCGAGCGCAUCAAUGCCUCCACCAUCCUCAUACGCGCUCUCACCGAGUUGCGAGGCGCUGAGGUGCGCAUCACCGACCGAGUCAUGGCCGGUUCGCUAUCGAUUCAACUUCUCAACUGCUUCUUUGCCGUCUGCCACAUGCAGGCCCCCGUGGUCGAUUUCGCUCACUUUAGCAAAACGUUUAAUGCUUCCAACGGCGAUCCCCGCAAAAUGUCCAUCAUGUCCAAUGGUGGUUCUGCCGCUGAAGGCCUCCCCUCCAUCGUUCCGGAUGUUCAGGGUCUCGGUUCCAUCACCUGGCCUGGCACCAGGGAGAGCAAGAUCGGUACACCCGGUACCACUGAAACUUUGCUCGCUGUGCUCCAUGCCUGGGCCGCCCAGUACACUGAUGCGCCUAUUGCUUUUGGUCCAGACUUCAAAGAUCUCGAUGCUGUCGACGUCCGCCUUCAAGAGGUGGAUGACAACGGUGUGAUCCAGCCGCCGAUCGACGGCCGAGAUGGCGAUUGUAAAGUCAGCCUCAAGCGUCCCAAGCGCAAGCAGGGUGUCGCCUGCGACACGUGCCGUCUGCGAAGGGUACGGUGCGAUGUUACAGAGCGACCCGACGGAAUGGGUUGCAGCCGUUGCGAAGACAAGCGCAUUCAGUGUACCGACACCUACAUUCAAGCCAAACGAGCCAAGUUGCUCGCUAAAGGUGCGAAGAUGGGCAGCAGCGAUGAGUAUGGCGAUUUCGCCUCCGCUGGCGCGUCAGCCAUGGAUAACAACCGAUUGAGCCCACGUACAUGGAUCGCCACGCGCAGCAAUCUGCUCAUGCGAACAUAUCGCCCUGGCGACAUCGAGCACAAUUUGCGACGCGGAAAAGCUCGAAAGGCGUUCUGCCAUGCCCUACUGAACCAUGCGCUCUCGUUGGUGCACAAGUACGAUAUCCUCAAAAAACCCAGUAUCGAGAGCAUCCAGGUGCUCAGCCUGCUUGCGCCGCUACUCGACAACGUCGACGGUGUUCAGGCACAUGCCUUUGCUGACGCAGCCUGUGAUCACACGGAGAAGCUCGGCAUGUCGACCAAGCUCGUCGUCGACGAGACGAACCGGCAUGCGGUCGAGAAUAUGCUCAGGAUCAUGCAGUCGCAUCGUGUCUUCCUCACAGCUUGGUGCCGCGACUCAAUUGCUUCGGGCCUUAACCGACGCAAGCCCUACUUUAAAGAGGACCGCGCUAUUGAAGUGAUCGGCCAUGCUUCUUUCCGACGGGAAACAGCGCCUGUCGCCCCACCUCGGCAAGGCGAGGUGGUGCUAUCUGGCGAGAUGGGCCUUACGUUUGUCAUCAUGACUAUGGUGCAGAUUGGUGCGCUUUCACGAUUCUUGGGCACGCACAUUGAUGCUGCUGAGGGCCUGAAGCCGUCCAUUCCACCGUGGCAACGACCUGCUGGCGCGUCGAUGGCGCCCAUUCCACGUUCGGCUAGAUUUUCGGCCCGGCCAUCGCUGGCUGAGCUGCGGAAGUUGGAGAGAGCAUGCGGUGCUGUCUGGAACAGUCUGGACUCGCUUAUGCUCUUCUUUGACAGGUGUGCCUCCAAGGCGUGGUCGACUAUGAAUAGCCUCCAACCUUUCCGUCCCUUGGGUUGGAUCGCGAGCACCAAGCUUUGCGGAUCGCUGCUCUAUCUUGCCCUCUUCCGUGCGCUCGGUGAGAGACACCGCGCCAACGCGGCUUUCAUGGCGACCCUCAGUCACUCGCUCGGAGGCCAAAGUGCGAUGUCCGAGGAAGACAAGAUGGUUGCAGCAUCGCUCAAAUCGCUCUUUGACAAGAGCAUGCAACGAGCUAUUGUGUCCUGCCGCAAGACAGCGCGUCUCAUUGGCAUCUUGCUGCCAUUUGGCAUCCUGCAGACUGGGGGCCCGGUCCUCAAGCAAAUUUUCCCCGUAGCUCAAUUCCUUGCCAAGAUUCCGAGCGUUUCUGACGAGCAGGUAGCAAGCCGCAUGAGCGGACGUCGAGACUCUCCACAAUGUGAAGUGAAUCUGGUCGCCUCGCCCUCGGAUCCGAGCAACUUCAUCGACCCGCAGACGUUGCAGCAGCAGGACCUGGUCGAGCAGGUUGUGGCCCAGGAGGCUCUGCGAAACAAUGCACAUGCAACGCAGUCGGCGGAAGCGCUCAACAACCCGACGACUAGCGCUCAUAUCGAAGUGCUACGCCAGUUGGAAGGGAUGCAUCAGUUGAAUUUGGGCCCAUACACGCAUAGCUCCAAACAGGAAGAGGUGGAAAAUCUGAUCGAAGGCUUGAGCCAGUUAGGAUACGCAUGGGAUACGAUGGAUAGGGAAAUUGGCGUCAUUCAGGAUUUGUUACAGUCGUGCGGCCCUGCUGCCGCCACGGCUUGA